AUGCUGUCCUUUUUGCGUGGUUCGCGCAAUGGAGCGGAGAAGGCAGGCGGGGUCAAUGGGAUGGCGGACGCCGACAAGGAGCUAGGUUUGGUCUGGAUCCGCAAGAUGCUGGACGCUGAGCGCAAGCUCCAGAAAGUUAACGAGGUUGUCACCGCAGCCAAUGUGCAAAUCGCCCCUGCAAUCUUCGGCGAAAAUUUCUAUCCUCCAGUGCACGAGCCGGCGGAAGAGGAGACCCUCAGAUCCCGUCUCGAGAAGGAAGCACUGGCGGCGGUUGACAUGGCUGUGAAGAUCUUCGACGACACUGAAGGAUGGUCUCCGUACGGCUGCACGGACGGCGUAAAGAUCACUCAGAAGAAACUGGACAAGUCUCUCCCGGUGGUGCUCAAAGGCGAAUACACGUUUGUGACGGCGGAGGAGGCGGAGACUGAGACGGAUCCUAUCACUGUGGAUGAUAUUUUCCAGUUCUUGAGAAACACAGAGAACCGUGGCCUGUAUGAUUCGAUGUUUCGAGAUGGAACUAUUCUUCGCCGGCACAAUACCAGCGUCUUGUCCUACCAGGUUUUCAAUGGAAUGAUGGGACUCCCGGGGCGAGAAUUCAUCAUCAACGGCUUCGAUCGUCACUACGAGGGCGGCGACCGCAUUAUCAUUGCAGGCUGCACUCCGUCAGAGGAAGCCCUCGAUGCGGACACGCUGUGCCGCAUGGGCAUUCCUGGCAAAAGCAACGGACUUGUUCGCGCGCAUUGCUAUAUCGUCGGCUACGACAUCACAAAGCAUUCAGAUGGCUCUGUCAAGGUGGCCGCAAUCAGCCAGCCAGACCUUGGAGGCAUGAUCCCGCAGAUGAUUCAGAAGAUGGUUGUCACGAACCACGUCGUCAACCUUGGAAAAAUCCAGAAAUGGAUCAAGGAGAACAAGGCACUCAAGUGCAGAUCCGUGCCUCCUCCCGAGCUGUUUGUCAACCACAACUGUUACCUUCCAGAGACAAGCGUGGUUGAGUACUAUCAGCACGCCAUAACCUCUGCAGGAGAACAGUGA